ACAAAAAACCAGGCAGCUCCCUGUAUUGAGCCCUAGAAUCACAGAAUUGUAGAGUUUGAAGAGACCUUGGGGGUCCUGUUGGAGCAGAAACUAUCCAGCUUUGCAUGUCGUUCCACUACAUUGAAAUGCCAGUGCUUUAGUUCAGAAAGUAAAGCAGAGGAAAACAGUCCAGUGACUCCAAUGCUGAAGCAUCUAAUGAUGAAAAUAAAGUCAACUGGUCCCAUUACAGUUGCUGAAUAUAUGCGGGAAGUUUUGACUAAUCCUGUGAAGGGAUACUAUAUGCAUCGUGACAUGCUAGGUGAAAAAGGAGAUUUUGUUACUUCACCUGAAAUAAGUCAGAUCUUUGGGGAGUUAAUAGGUGUUUGGUUUGUUAGUGAAUGGAUGGCUGCUGGCAAGCCAAAAAAAAUUCAGCUGGUGGAAUUGGGCCCAGGAAGAGGUAGUCUUACUAGUGAUAUUUUGCGGGUUUUUAAUCAGCUUAGUUCUGUACUUAGUAAAUGUGAUAUUUCUGUUCAUUUGGUGGAAAUCAGUCCAAAAUUAAGUGAGAUUCAAGCAUCAGUACUCACAGAAGGAAAGACAGAAUUAACAGAGAGUCCCACUACCUACAUGCAAGGUAUUACUAAGACCAGGCUGCCAAUUUUCUGGUACCAAGACCUGAAUGAUGUGCCAGAAGGCUUCAGUUUUUAUUUAGCACAUGAAUUUUUUGAUGCUCUUCCUAUACACAAAUUUCAGAAAACAGAAAAGGGGUGGCGUGAGUUGUUGGUUGACAUUGAUCCAGACACUCCUGACAAGCUGCGAUUUGUCCUUGCGCCAUCUGCUACUCCUGCUGCAAAAGCCUUCAUACAUGACAAAGAAUCCAGAGAUCAUAUAGAAGUGUGUCCUGAUGCUGGUAUCAUCAUCCAGAAGCUGGCCUAUAAUAUUGAAAAGAAUGGGGGCAAUGCACUGAUCAUAGAUUAUGGCCACAAUGGAACCAAAACAGAUACAUUCAGGGGAUUCCGUGGACAUGAACUUCACAAUGUCUUAAUAUCUCCAGGAACAGCGGACCUCACAGCAGAUGUUGACUUCAGUUACCUGCGAAAAAUAGCACAGGAAAGAGUAGCGACCUUGGGUCCCAUAAAGCAACAUGAUUUUUUGAAAAAUAUGGGCAUUGAUAUCAGACUGCAGGUACUAUUGAAAAGUGUCAAUGAUGCUGCCAUUCAGACUCAGCUUCUUCGAAGUUAUGAAAUGCUAAUGGACCUGGAUAAAAUGGGAGGACGUUUCCUCUUUUUUGCUAUGUUACCUCACUACAGAUUUACAGCUUCAGAUCAGCAAAAGAAGUCAAAAGACUCGACAUCACGUUCAGCAUUUGUUGCUGGCUUUGGUGAACUCUCAUGGAAGUGAACCCCAAAUGUGAAUGCUUUAACAGAACAGUGCAGGCUUCCCAUUGCAAAUCAUGGAAAUAGGGGUAUGUAGAUAGGUGUCAUAACAAUCAUGUUGCUUUUCUGUAGCAAUGCCUGCACACAGGGAUUUAGAUACAGUUACCAAAGUUACCAAAGUUAGAGGAAGUACAGAGAAUAGUGGGGAAAAGACACAUGAUAGGGAAAUAAAAUUUAUUUUCAAGCUUAGAGGAUAUUUACAAACAACGGGACAUAUAAAAAUAUAAAAAGUACUUGACAGUGUCUUUUUGAGGCUACAAGUUUUACAUGAAUAUCUUCUAGCAUCAAUACAGAACUAUUUCUUCAAUGAAUGCAACUUAACUGAAAAACAAAGAUUAAUGAUAAUGCAACACUGGGUACAAGUUCAUCUGGAGCAACAGAUUUAAUGCCAACCUUCAGUGACUUAAAGCUUUGAUUUAAUAAUAUUUGUAGGCAUUCAUAGGAAAGUUAGAGUGCAAGCUAUGCAGUUUAUUUAUGGUUUGUGAAAUGUGUGUAACAGCUGUUAUAGAGUAGAAACAUUCCAGUUAUUUCUCAUCUUUAACCACAACAGGGCUUUUAUUCCUACCCUACUGGUCCAAAAUUUUGCUAUCCUGAAACCUGAAAUUAAAUCAAGAGGCAUACCUGACACUGUA